AUGGAACAUCAGUCUGGGAUCCUAUUUAAGCCAAGAAACCAUUUGUGCGAACACUGUUCAAAAGCAUGUCAAAGCCCUUCUCAUUUAAAGAUCCAUCUGAGAACCCAUACUGGGGAGAAGCCGUAUUGCUGUAAACAGUGCUCAAAGGCAUUUUCGGAUGCUUCAGGUUUAAAGAAACAUCUGAGAACCCAUACUGGCGAGAAACCGUAUUCCUGUGAAUGUUGUUCAAAGGCAUUUUCCAACCUUAAAAGCUUAAAAUCGCAUCUGCGAACCCAUACGGGCGAGAAACCGUAUUCAUGCGAACAUUGUUCAAAGGCAUUUUCGCACCUUAUAAGCUUAAAGAAACAUCUGAGAAUCCAUACUGGUGAGAAACCGUAUUCAUGCGAACAUUGUUCAAAGGCAUUUUCAAGAAUUCAUCACUUAAAAUCACACCUGAGAACCCAUACUGGGGAGAAGCCGUAUUGCUGUAAACAGUGCUCAAAGGCAUUUUCGGAUGCUUCAAAUUUAAAGCAACAUCUGAGAACCCAUACUGGCGAGAAACCGUAUUCAUGUGAACAUUGUUUAAAGACCUUUUCCCAUCUUAAAAACUUAAAAAGCCAUCUUAGAACCCAUACUGCCGAGAAACCGUAUUCCUGUGAAAUGUGUUCAAAGGCAUUUUCCCGUCUUCCAUACUUAAUAUCACAUCGGAGAACCCAUACUGACGAGAAACCGUAUUCCUGUGAAAUUUGUCCGAAGGCAUUUUCCCAACUUCAAUACUUAAGAUCACAUCUGAGAACCCAUACUGGCGAGAAACCGUAUUCCUGUGAAAUUUGUCCCCAGGCAUUUUCCCACCUUGAAAGCUUAAAAUCACAUCAGAAAACCCAUACUGGCAAGAAACCGUAUUCAUGUGAGCAUUGUUCAAAGAAAUUUUCAAACAUUCAUCACUUAAAAUCACACCUAAGAACCCAUACUGGGGAGAAACCGUAUUGUUGUAAACAGUGCUCAAAGGCAUUUUCGGAUUCUUCAGGUUUAAAGAAUCAUCUGAGAACCCAUACUGGCGAGAAACCGUAUUCCUGCGAAAUUUGUCCGAAGGCAUUUUCCCGCCUUCAGUUCUUAAAAACACAUCUGAGAACCCAUACUGGCGAGAAACCGUAUUCCUGUGAACAUUGUUCAAAGUCGUUUUCCUACCUGGAAACCUUAAAAGCACAUCUCAGAACCCAUACUGGCGAGACACCGUAUUCCUGUGAGCAUUGCUCGAAGUCAUUUUCCUUCGCUUCAGGUUUAAAGAAACAUCUGAGAAUCCAUACUGGCGAGAAACCGUAUUCCUGUGAACAUUGCUCGAAGUCAUUUUCCUACCGUGAAAGCUUAAAAGCACAUCUCAGAACCCAUUCUGGCGGCUGAAGUUGGUUGAAAGGAAUUUUCUGAACUUGAACACCUGGAAGAGCACUACAGAGCCAAACGAACUAGUAAAUAGUGUGGCCGUUAACAAAAUAGACUGUUUGACACACUUAUGUGUUUUCCAGACGAAGUGGGUUAGGAAAAGAAAAAACAAAACUUCUCCUUCCAUACAAUUCUGGUACGAGUUUGUGCUGAGACCAUUGAACUAUACUAAAACAGGAAUGCGUGCUGCGGGCGAAAAGUGUGCUGAUUUCUCCCCUCCACUUGCCAGGAGCGAAGACGGAAAAGCAGCCUACGCAAAUUUAGCGUUAUCCUCAUAGCCACGGAAUCUGUCAAACGCUCUGGUUCGGGAAAUCUGCUUUGCUCACUCAGGAUACAAGAGUAAAUCACAUUAUUUGAAACAAGAUCCUUCUUAAAUCCACACAAAAAUGCAUCAUGACUCCAUAACAACCUAUUUUUAUAAUAAACGGAUGAACUCCGCUCUUUACUUUUUUAUCAUUAUUUAAACGUAUUAAAUAAACAAUCAAAGUGAAGGAAUAUUAAGAGUUUCUUUUUUUAGUUUUAAGAAUAUUUUACUUUUAAAUCUUCACAGAAUGCGUCUGUCAAGAAACGGACUAGGAAAAUCUAAAUCUUUGAUAGAAAGAAUCCACAGAAAAUAUUGCCAAAAGAGUUAUGUAAAACUGAUUAUAUUAUUACAAUGAAAAUCAUUAAAAUGGCAGUGA